UGGGACGUUGGUAGACGAUUCCAUCACAUCCUGCUGUAAUCAAAUCGGCACCGUUCUUCCCGCGUGUCGAUAAGAGAUGCAACCCCACAUGUUGCAUUAUCCCCCUCCCCUCAAGGAUGCCCACUCUCAGCGAUUCAAAAACGAUUGACACCGUCGUCAUGAUCGAUGACGUGCCCGAUGGUGUCCGCUGUCAUACUCGUGAUGACCUUGAGAGGAGAUUGCUGAGGAAGCUUGAUUUGCGUAUGUCCAUAAUACUGAUUUUAUAUACCUUGAACUUCAUUGACAGAACUAAUAUUAGCAACGCUCGGUUACAAGGUUUGGAGAAAGACCUGCACCUGCAUGGGGAACAAUACGCCACAACUUUGUCCAUCCUAUCUGUUGGAUACAUUACAAUGCAAGUCCCAGGACCUUCUGUCAUCCUUCCGUGCUGUAUGUUAGCAUGGGGUACAAUAUCAGUAUUUUUGGACCCAAGUUUUACUGGGAUUGUUGUCGCCCGCUUCUUUCUUGGCCUUGCUGAAGCUCCCUUCUUCCCCGGUGUCAUAUUCCUUGUAUCUAAAUGGUACAAGCGAGACGAGGUCGCAUUGAGAAUAGCUCUCAUUUCUAGUGGAAUUUUUCUCAGCUCUGCAUUCGGAUCGCUGUUUGCAUCUGGUAUACUUCACGGUAUGCAGGACAAAAUUGGUCAAGCUGCAUGGAGAUGGUUAUUUUACAUUGAAGGCGGCAUCACCAUCUCGGUCGCGAUUUGCGCGAUGUUCAUACUCCCUGAUUUCCCAGAACUCGCUAUCUCUCGCCUUGCAGAAGAUGGCUAUGAUGAUGCUGACGAACUUGGGAAACAGACGACCAUGCAAGGACUGCGGGAUGCCUUGUCUGACCGGAAGGUGUGGUUGUUUUCAGUUGCAGCUAUGUUCCAGAUAGUGGGGCUGUCUUUCAUCGGUUACUUCCCAACGCUGUGCGCGACACUGGGAUAUGACACGACUGUAACGCUGUUGCUUUGCGCUCCUCCGUGGGUGUUCGGGGGUGUGGUCUCAUUUGCUCUUACAUGGUACUCUGACAAGAAGCAAAAGCGUUACAAAUGCUUCAUGGUCUCCAAUGCAAUCUGCGUCCUUGCAUUCAUCAUAUCAAUAUUUACGAUGGACAAGGCUGCGCGCUAUAUUUCAUUGUUCCUGAUGACUCAAGUCAUCGGUGGAUACUUGCUGCUCUUUGGGUGGAUCAGCAACACUUUCGCCAGAGAACCUGCAAAGCGCGCCGUUGCUAUCGCUCUGAUGAACGCACUGGGGCAGAUAGGCGGUAUUAUCGGAGCGUACGUAUGGCCGUCGAGCUGGGGCCCGACAUAUCGUUAUUCCUAUGCCAUCUGCAUCGUUGCACUCGGAGUGUCGACAGGGAUGCUUGGUGGUAUGUAUUUGUAUCUGAAGCAAUUGAACGAGCAGAUCGAGAGGAAUGAGCAGGAUGUUCACGAUAUCAAUGAGCUUCGAGAUCCGAUUGGUUUUAGAUAUCUGGUGUAG